AUGUGUGGUAACUAUGCAAACACAUAUUUAGGUUUCAAGGUUGCUGUGAUCUCCAGAGACAGCAGCAAGUUGGAGAAACUCAAAGGGUUUGUUUCACCUAGCACAAAAAGUAACCUGACCACUUUAGUGGGGAAUGUUGGCUCAGAAGAAGGAGCGGAGGAGGUGAAACAGGCCUUGCUUAAGUCUGUGGGAAAGAUCACAGAUGUGGUGUCCUCUCUGGGCUUCAGCUGGUGGCAGGGAGGUCCACCACACACCCAACCCCUCAAAGAACUGCACUGGGUUAUUGAGACUCUGCUUUUCAGCACCUUUGUGUCUUGGAAAGCGUUCUUUACCCUGGUGAAAGAUGAUCCUAACUGUACCUACACGUUUAUCACGGGAGGUGCUGGAGAGAAAGUUCUCAUGCCGGGCACAGGGUUCCUGACUGUAGGGGCAGCCAGUGCUCUGGCGUUCUGUCAGGUUCUGCGUGAGGAGUACCCAGAGGUGCCAUGCAAAGUCAACCAGGUGAAAAUCAAUACAGGUGUUGCGGCCCCAGACCGAAUGGCCCCCGGGUACCUGAACCACUUGGAUUUAGGGGAGGCCGUGGCUACGCUGGUGGAGCGCCGCAACACGUCCCACACAGUCUUCCCCGUGAGCUGUCCUGCCGAUCUAAAAACUGUUAUCUUGGAGGGCAAUCUGUAAGCAAGGCCCAUCGGAUUUUCCUCUGUAUUCACUUUAUCCUGUUAGUAUGCGUGUAUUGUUUUAUUGCAUGUCAACAAAACAUUUCUGUACUGACAAUCCCCAGCUUUGUCAUAGCCUUGAAAUACUCAUUGUGCUCAAAACAAAUCAAUAUCAUAACCAAUGGAAUAGUACAGAUGCUUUGGAGUGCAGCUGAGCGUAAACGCAGCCCCAGACUUGUAAGUUUGACAUUGAAGAAGAGAGACACGUGAGAGGACGGAUGUGAAAACAAACUCGGUCUUUUCCAUGGUUAGAGUAAGAGAAAAAACAUGGCACAUUGUUGGCACACUUGUGUCCCCGUAGCGUGACUACCUUCCCUCGUUCACUCAAAACUUAUCUGGCUGUUGCUUCCACGGCUCCAAAUAUUCCCAACCGUGUGGCCCAUAAUAAGCGUGUAGGGGGCAAGGGGUUCAGAAAUGGCCGGCCUUUAAAGUGGAGGACAUUGUUGUCUGUGUUUGCUGUAAUCAUGACAUUUGCAUUAACGCUUUAGUGACAGGGAUUUAAAUUUGCCACUGGAUUUAGUGAAGUGUCUAAUUAAAGGGGGAAGGAGGUGAACAGGCUUUGUCAGUUUGUCAACUGUAGUUUUGCAUUGCAUCAGCUUAUUAAAGCGAUAGUUCGCUCAAAACUUAAAACUUUUCAUCCUCAUGUCAGUUCCAAACCUGUAUGACACUCUUUCUUCUGUGGAACAAAAAAAGAAAACAUUUUUUUUAAUAUUCUUGAAGAAAGAAAACCAUAUAGGUUUGAAAUUAGAUAUUAGAUUGAAUAGAUGUUGAGAAUUUAAAUGUUUUGGGUGAACUAUCCGUUUAUAUCUUAAGUACAGACCAAAAAGUGUGCCAUUCUGUUCAUACAACCAAAACAUAGUUUCUGUUACUCGGUUUAGUACUUGUCUGAGUGAAAACCAUUCAUGGGGCAUUUAUAUUGUGUGUCUGAGGAA